UCUGUCCCAUCACGCGUGAGAGAAUCGGUUCAGCUGGAUAGCACGCUCUGAAACAGAAGAAGACCGGGUCCGCAAGGGGGGGGAAGGAGAGAGAGUCAUGACUUCAAAGCAAGAUGAUGAUGUUUCUCGAAAGAGAGAGCGCGAAGACGGAGGAGCCGCAGCUUGUGCUGGUACUGAGCAUCACACACAGGGGCAGCAGCUGCAGCAGCAACAUGAAGCCAAACGGCGCAGGGUGGUGGGGGCGGAUAUCCUUCUAGGUGAUUUGGUGGGUCUGGUCGGCAAGGCUUUCAGGGCAACGGUGUCUGUGUUUGGCCGAGGGGGGCAGCACAACAGCAGCAGGCCUCCGCGCCAAGGCGGCGCCGCUGAGUCUGAGGAAGUCGAGGCCAGUUCGGCGGCGAAGAACCAGAUGAAGCCGCCAUCACCGACAACGCCCGCUGCAACAGCAGCACCCACAAUGACAACGAAAGAGACAACAAAAUCGCCUGCCCCCCGAAUGAAAACCCUGAUGAUGAAAAGCCACGGGUCGACCGGGAUGGGGGACAGGCCCCGUCUACCUCCGGAGACCGUCGCGACGGCGGCGGAUGAGGGGACUGCGGCGGCGGGAGUAGAUGCUGCUGGCCCGGGGCGAGGCAACACCAACCGUGCAAGGUGUUCCUCGUCGGGGAUCGGGGUGUCGCCGGGCACCGCCGGCGGCAAGCACGACAACGGUGGUGAUGCUGCGGGCACGGCGCUAGCCGAGGAGGAAGGAGGGAAACCAUCACAGCAACAACUGCAGGGGAGCAGCCCGGGCCGAAGCCUGCGCCGCCUCCCGGACCUCGACUUCGACACCCUGCGACACUCCCUGGGCUUCCUCAGGGCCGCCGACCUGGCUCGCUUCGCGCUGGCAUCGACGGCCGCCCGGGCGAUCGUCUCAAGCCACGCGGCCGUGAUAAUCCGCGAGGGAUACUCCGAGAUCCGGAUCGGGGCACGCGAGCCGAGCCUCAGCUCCUCCUCCGCACGGCUGCUGCCCUUCGGCGGCCCCGCCGCAGCGGGAACCGGCGGCGGUGGUGAAGCCGGGCAUGGCACUUCUUCCACAGGGGCAGCAGCAGCAGCCGGUCUCCCCUCUGACACCCACAACGACAACAACCACAACUCAAACAGCGAUCUUUUGGCCCAGGGUGGCGGCGGCAGGACGGUGAGACCUUGGUUGGUUGAUGAGGGGUCCCCCCGAGGGGGACCUGUGCAGGGCGGUGGGCCUGCGAAGGCGGCGAGGUGCCGACGGAACGACCAGCACCUGGUGCUGCGGGCGUUGCACCACCUGGAAUGCUGCGGGGAUUUGCUCAUACGCCAGCUCAAGACGUUGCCGAGGUUGGAUAUGUUCCAGAGCGUGCAGAGCGGCGCGGUGCUAGGCCCAACCCAAUUCCUGACGGCUCACAUGCGGGCCGUGCUUGUGGACUGGUGUGUUGAGGUCGCCUGCCAGUUUCGGCUGUCUACGAUUGCUCUGCACGCGACGAUUUCCAGCCUGGACGUCUGUCUCACCAAGGUCGCCGUACCUAGGUGCAGGCUGCAGCUGCUCGGCGUCGUGUGCGCCAUGAUUCAGACCCAGGCUGGCGGUGGGGGCCAGGUGAUGAACACACCCGAAGCCAUUCAUAUCUGCGACAGUCAGUACACCCCCUCGCAGGUUCACAGCACUUUCAACGUCGUCGUAAGCAUAACCCAGGAGGCGAUGGGGAGGGCCGUUCCGGCGACCGUUGCUGAGAUCCUCCACAGGCACCUGACAUCGAUGGGAGAGCCAUCGGGUCUCGACAUACCGCUGACGAUGGACUGGGAGGAGCACUCACACCCGAGGAUCCGCGAGGAGCAUAUCCUGGCCGGUCUCGUGGUCGACCUAUCUCUGCUGGACAACUUCCUGUUCCUCUUCAGGCCAGGAACGGUGGCGGCGUCCGCGUUGUUCCUGGCUCGUGUCACCGGCAUGUACUAUGCCAAGGAGGGAAUGUGGGUGACCCCCUGUUCGGUGGUGGCCAAAAAGAACCGCGAGGUGCUGCGCCUCUACGGGAAGGACGUCUGCAGGCCGUUCGUGAAGCCCAACAAGGACUUGGAGCUACUCCCGUUCGGUGCGCCUGGCCUGGGAGAGUUCGUGGCUAGUCAGCCGGCGGAGGCUACGGCGGUGCGGAGGUGUGUGGAGCGGCUCUGGCUGGUGCAGAGAGACUUUUUCGAUCACUUGUCCGGUCGGCAAUCACCCCAGCACGUUCUGUUCCGCUACCAGCACAUGUUCAAGGGCAUCAAGGAGAAAUUCAUGCCCCUCGGAUCGAUCCGGCUGCAGGCCUACCAGAAGCUAGGACUUGUGGAAAGGGGGGAGCUCAACCGCAUGCUGGACGAGCACCUCCCGACCACCGUCACCUUGGCGACAGUGGCGCCGGCUUGGACGUCCCGACCCUCUGCUGCUGCUAGGCGGAUGCCCCCCCCAUAGUUUCUUCAUGAAGUUCUAUGAAUUGAGACAUCCGUGAGCGAUAGUACCGUUGCCAUCGCCGCCCAUGGAGUUCCUCAAUGGCGUUGUGUGAAUGGAGACAAGGUCUUGACGAUCGUGUGGGGGCGACGGUUCAUGUCCUGCCCUGCGGAUUGUGCACCUUUUGCGAGUUCCUCGGGUGUGGGCGCAGACCUCUGGCCCUUCGCAACAGCUGCUGCUGCUGCUGCUGCUACUACUGUUGCUCUUGGUCCCAAAGCUGAUGGCGCUGUGCUGUUGCUGCUCCGGGAUGCUAGGGCUGGCUGGGGAGAGCAUGGUUGGCAUCGUCGUCGUUGUUUUUGUUAUUGUUGUUGUCUGAAAAUGUCACUACAGCAAUAGCUGUUGAGACAUGGGGUUGUUGCCGUUUGACCCAUGCAUGCGUUGGUUGACCAUGGACCGUGGGUGGUUAUGGUGCAUGCUGUACAAAAGUCGGGAAGGCUUUUUUCCUCAGAGAGGCUGCAUCGGUCGGUCGGUUUGAAUGUUGCAGGAUAGGGAGAGGGAGAGGAGAGCUCUUGUGCUCCUCCGCAGUCUUCUCUCUCCCUGUCCCGUCGUUCUGACUGUCUGUCUUUUCUCACUUUCUGUCUGCCUGUCCCUCUGUCUACGUCUGCCUGUCUUGUAGUAUCUUUCUGUCUGACUGUCUGUCUGUCUCGUCUCUCUUAAUGUCCCUCUGUCAUUGUGUAUGCCUGUCUCUUCUCUCUCUCUCUCUUGCGUCCUAGAAAGGCGGGGUUGGAUGGUAUCUAGUACUCUGGAACUCGUGCUGUUGUAUCUUGGAAGACAUCGCAGUUCAGCAGGAACACUUUGUGAAAGGGCUGUUUUUCAAGACGCUUUGAUGUAGUUCAGCGUUUCAUCAUGGUUGGUUGAAGCGACAAAUUCGAAGCUUCAAGAAUAUUACUAUAUUGGAGUAUGUUUGGUUUACUCUUCGUUUUAUGUAGAUCUAGACUUCUCCCUUCUUCCCCUCGCU